AGGACACAUCAAGGUCAAGCAUGAUGCUGACGAGGCUAAAGAAGCUGCUGCUAAGGAAGAGGCUUAACGAAAGAAGAGAGAGACAGAAGAAGAAGAAAGAAGACUACGUGACAAGAAGGAGAGAGAAGAACAGUAUACCAGGAUGAGCCUUGAGUUGAGUAAAGAAUGGGAUAAGGUUUGUGAGAAGAUCGAUAAACGUGAUCAAGGGGCGAAUGAACUUGCUAAGUUACGAGAAGAAGUGGGAAGGUUGUCUCGGGGAAAGAAUGAAGUUUCAUCGAUAGAGGCGACAGUCAAACCUACCUUGGAUGUUGACGUCGUAGAUAAGUUGAAACGUGAGCAGGAGGAAGCGAGAGUUGUCGCUGAUAGGCGAUUCGCAAUGAUGGAAGAAAAAAUCGUUGCGUUGAUCAAGGGUAAAGAGGAGGCCGAGGCGAAUGUUGAAUUGUGGAAGGCGGAGGCUCAUCGGCCUGGAAGCAAGCGGGGGAAUAUUGUUGUCUGUACUCCAGCGACGGAGGCGAGGGUUCGACCAAGAAAUGCAUCAGUGGUGCGAACGGCUAGUACCAGUGCAGGCAUGGCGAGAACUGAGGGAAGGGCUGAUCCCGUUAUCAAGGGGAUCGUGGAACGGCAUCAGAUGGAAAUCAAUGUCUUGAAAGAGUUGCGUUUGAAAGAUGUUGGCGGACGUAUUGAGGCGGAAAAGGAGGUUGAACGUCUGAAAGAGGCGAUGGUGCGUUUAGAAAUGGAGAAGAGGCAGAAGGGCACCAAUCUCAAUAGUCGUUUGGACGAGGCGGCCGGGCCAUCUACGUAUAAACCUCCGUGCCCACCCACCGUCGAGGAAGAAGGGUAAUCUUACCCCUGGGAUGCAGCUUAAUGACCGCGAGGCCUUUGUUCAAUAGGAGAGGAAGAACUUACGGAAGAAAAACAAAGAGGACAUUCAGAA